CAUCAGAGUCUGCAAGUCCCGGAGGCUCGUUUAUAAGUGACCAUCAAAUUGCUGUUUUUUUUGUGUGCGACAGUCGGACGACAGUCAGUGCAGUGGCAGAAGAAAUACGGAAAAUUCGAGGGCGGCAAACCGCUUAAAGUUUCCACGGGGCUGAGCCAGGAUUUUUAGUGAGGGAAAACUACAGCUACAGAACAGUUCAAAGGGGGUCAACGGUCGGGUGGUGGGAAGUGACUAGUGAUGACGGACGAGGACGAUGUACCGCUGCUAGUGGAAAUUCGUGGUCGUCGUCGUCACCAUCGCCAAAAUAUCACGUCGUACGUCGUUGUCGUCGUCGUAGGUCGUCGCCGUCGUUGCCCCUAGAGAGUGAGAGUGAGCGCAAGUGGAAGAGAGCGCACCACCACAAUAUACCGUGAAUCGUGGAUCGGAGGCGGACCAGGUCGUUGUAGUUCUCGCGAGGGAAAACUCGCUUCAGUGUAGAGCCAGAAGUGCAACAGAGCGGAGCUUACCGGGAAGGAACGGCAUAGCGCACGGUGACCGACUGAACCGACGUGACGGACGUGUGAGAUUGUUUCGCGCGAUUAGAAGAGGAAUGUGUAUUUCUUAGGACCAAUGCUGUCCCAAGAAUACAAGUGCUGACUGGCGGAUGAUAAGCGCGGAAAGGACGGCCGGUGGACGUCGACGGAUUCAAUCAAUUAUUGAUCCAGGACUUGGUGGGGUGGGCGAGGGACUGACCACAGCUGCGAAGUGAUAAGCCUUUGAAGUGUUAACGGAAAGUGAAAGGGGUCGUCAUCUACGGGACGAAGAAAUACCGGUUGGGAGAGUGAAACACAGCGGGCAGCACGUAUUUUACAAAUGAAAAUGCUAAAGUCUAGAUUAGUGGCGUGCGGAUUUGCGCUGAUAUUGACGUUGAGCAUCUGUUUGCCGAAUGCCUUGGCCAGCGGUGCCGCCGAUGACAGCGACUACCACUACGCCGACGAGUACGACGAUGAGUAUGACGACAUCUACGAGGACGACUCAGCCCGGGAGGACCAGAGUUCACUUGACAGUGACAAAUUGUUGCCGCCGGUCAGUAGUAGCACCACCACCCGGAGUUACACGGACAGUACAACGACGGCUGUGGCGACCAGCCGUAGUACGGCAGCUCCACCGCUGUGGAGCGAUGAAGAUGACGUCCGGGAGGAGUACCCGUGUCCACGGGAUUGCACCUGCGAGGACGGAACCAAGUUUCUGAACUGCUCCGGGAGAUCCCUGCUGGAAGUUCCGACGGAUCUACCGCGGGAUGUGAUCCGGUUGGACCUAAGUGGGAACAACAUUAAGGCGGUUCCGGUGGAAGCGUUCCAGAACUGUACGGAGGUGCGGGAGAUUCUGCUGGAUCGGAACGUGAUCGAACAGCUGGACAAGGAGGUGUUCAUGAAGUUGGUACGGCUGGAUGUGCUGGGGUUGGGUGGGAAUCAGUUGAGUCAUUUGGCGGUGGAUACGUUUGGGGAGGCACACGGGCUGAGGAGGUUGGUGCUGAACGAGAAUCCGCUGGUGGUGCCGGAUGAGGGGCCGUUUUUGGAACAGGAGGAACUGGAAGAGCUGGAGAUGGCUCGGUGUAACUUGACGGAACUGAACAAGGAUACGUUCAGUGCGUUGGCGGCGUUGAAGUGGCUGAAUUUGGCGGGGAACGAGUUCGAUGAGGAUCUCAGCACCGAUGUUUUCGAACCGCUGCAGAACCUCCAGCGGUUACACGUCCCACCGCUUUCCGAGGACACCGUUCGCGACCUAUGCGACGUAGUAAAAUCGAUCGACGUCGUAGACAUCACGACCCACAACGUCAGCUGCUUCUACCUAGCAUCAGAGACGUCCUACGAGGAAAGCAUAAUCACUCAACGUCCAAUCACCCCGGAGCCAAAGAAGGAAACCACCGAAGCGCCCGAAGAGAGCAGGCCCAGCAAGCCGACCAAACAGGUGAAGAAAGUGGUCCUAAACGAGAAUGAAAUUGACUCCGAUGAGGACUCAGCGGUCCAGGGAACGCCUGCUCCUCCAUCCAGGCCUUCGGUGCCGUCACGGAAAUCAUCCAGCACUACCACCACUACCACCGCUGCUCCCACGGUCAGUGGUCCAUCGUCAGCUUCGAUAACCCACGCGGCGGACGACCCCAAGGAGGACGUCAAGAAGGAGAACACAACCGAUCAUGGCAACCAAUCGCUGCUGUCCUCGAUCAGUUCCGACACCAUGAAGCAACUGCUGAUGGGAAUCAUCGGGCUGGGGUUGCUCAUCCUGCUGAUCGGUAUCAUCUGCCGACAGACGGGCCUCAAGAACAAACUCUGCGGCUCCAAGCGAAGACCUGCCCCAACGGAUCAGGUGCGACCGGCCGAGGAAGUACCGCUGAACAAAGUCUAGAAGAGUCCUGCUCCAUUCUGCAAUAGUUUUGAAUAGUUUCCCGGAUAAACUGCCGCUUCGUGUGUAUGUGAUAUUACUUAAAAAGUAUUAGAUUACGAAUGGGGCAGGUAACGACUGCUGUUCGGGUUUCCCUGAAUCCGUAAGACGUCACGGAAACCUUAUGCAGCAAACAGCAAUGCGGUAUCGCCGGCGGUGCUUCAUCGGGUGGGAAUUUGGUGGAGAUUUGCCAAGCAAACAGUAAUCCCGGCUAUAGAUAGAGGCACGCGGACCAACCACAACAAUAUUUGCACAUUUGCCAGACACUCAUACACAUGGAAGUAAUAGGAAACGCAUUUUUUAGCAGUACGUGGGACAAUUGAAACCAUAAAGGAGAGAGCUUGCGGACGGCGAUGGCGCAAUUCUAGUCGAGGGUUGCGGCAGAGACAGAGGAACCGUUGUGAUUCGAAUUUUGGGCACUAAGUUUUAAGGAAAUUUCUGAUCUUGAUUGACUAAUAUGGUUAAAGUUUAAUGAACUUCUGUUGUACAGAUUUUCACAAGAAUUCAACCGAUGUUUGGUGAAUCUUUAACAAAGUUUGGUAGUUUCGUUUAAUGUCGUAGAUUUACCAAAUUCUAUUUAUAAUAAUGAUAUGCAAUGGUCCGGGAUUCUAACCACAACGGUAGUUCGUCAAGACGGACACGAGCAGGUAUAAAACUAAGUGAGUGGACAGGAAAAAAAUACCUGAGGGAACAAGUACAGUGCAGUGAAGUGACGCCACACGACCAAAAGCAAAGUUGUAAAUAUAGUUCGUAGGAAAAGAAAGAGGCGAAGCAGCAUGUGAGAGCCUACGUGUAAGGUGCGAAUCAGUCAGCCGAGCGGUGUGACACAUCACCCGACAAGACGGUACUCUAUACUAUAUAACCGUCGACGGUGACGACGGUACGAGGGUGAUGGUUGAAGGUUGCGUACGGUAACGAAUGAAUGAGUGUGUUCUUUAUAGCUCGUAAGUAGGUUAUAAGUAGGCAAGCAUCCACACUAAAACGCCUAGGUAGGUGGAACAUUCCUUUUCGAUUGAACAAAGUAGUAAACGAUUUCCUAGCAAGUUUUUGAUAAGAGAUUAGACGGUUGCACGUGGAAGCUAAUUUUAAAUAAGAGGAACCAAAAACAAGCUCUAUGUAUAAACCCACUUUUGUGAUGUUAUGGACCUUAUCAUGUAUUCAGACAGCAAAACAAACACCCUUUUCGUAUACGCGUAAAAUAAACAUUGCAUUGGACUAGCAUAUGGUAGGCACUUCCACAGAAAUUAACAUUCAUAAGAUAGUCAAUACAGCAAUUACUUGGAAACAGAAGUCCAUAUUUGUUCACACAUCAUAGCCAUCACUACUGAAGGCCAUUCUCUCGAAGUGCUAAAAGUAGGUGCAUUCAUAGGUCAACUUCAUCACCCAUUAGUAGUUUGUAAUUAGUAGGCAACUUGUUGCAACACUACCAACCAGCAACAAUUCAUUCAAACAGAAGAUUUUUAGAGGUGCAAAAUAAACACUAGCCAUUCGAAGUAGA